CCUGUUGGGGAUGAUCCAGGUUUACUUGGUCCCGCCUCAGCACUGGGGGCUGGACUUGAUGACUUUUCGAGGUCCCUUCCAGCCUGACGUUUCUGUGAAUGCAAAUAAAAAUGAAUGAAUAAGGGCCUGAAUCUGGUCCCAUGUUACCCGGAGUACUGAAGUCAAUGGGGCUGCAAAGGGGUCCGUAUUUCAGUUGAAACUUAAACCUGAGGGCUGGACUGAAUGGUGACUUGAACUCCCUGGCAAUCCCAUGAAUCUUUCUGAAAGAUGAGAGCAGCUGGCUCUAGUGACCUGGCCACCUUCCCAUUUGGGUAAUUUCAAGGGUUGGUUGGCUAGAAAAUGAUUUUUGGUUCAAGAAAAUGUUUGAGAUUUUGACUUUUCAUCCCAGUUUGACACAGGAAAAUUUUUCAAUAUCUUGAAAAUUUGUGUAGGAAAUCCAUUUUCUGCCCCAGCCCUGGUAAUUACAUGAGUGUAAACUUGCUUCUGUAGCUGGAGUUGGCUACAUUGCUCCUUUUCACUUCCUGCCCUAAGCCACUGUGCAGUGCUGUGGGGCUGUCAAACAGCUGCCCCGCUCCACACCACAGUGGAUGAAGAGAUUUCCAUACACAGCAUAAGGGCCCAAUCCUGCAUGAUGCUGACUCUGCUGAGGCACUUCCUGUGACAUGCUGGGCACCCGCAACACUGAGCAAAGUCCAGAGGAGUGGUGGGUGCUCAGCUGCUUUUAGGAUCAGCUCCUGCCUUCAGUUCCUUAAAGCACGGCACAUUAUGACACAUUGUCACUGGGAUCCUUAUGGCAGUAAAUAGGGCUUUGUGCCAUUGUCAAUCAGUGUUAUUCGGAGGGUGGUACUUACAAGAACCGGGCUGGGGAGACAUUGUGCUUGAAUAGCGUUAUGGUUUCUAUUGGUCUUGUCUGUACUACCUCUGACAACAUUCAGCACCUUAACAGCGAGCCUGAGGACCUGAUUCUCAUAGGCACUAAGCCCCUUUCCACCACGGUAACAUACAGGGCCCUGGAAGUGGGUCUGAGUGUAAUUUCUGCUCCUCUAAACUCCUCCUUACAUUGGUGCAAAGGGGAAGCUGUGUAACUGUGAGUAAUGCCCUUGGGCUAGAAAUCAGGCAGAAUUUUGGCCAAUCCAGUCAUCCUUCGUCAAGCCAAACUCCUGCUUCCACUUAACAUUGCCUCAGUCAGGGACUGCAGGAUUUAGCCCAGGUCACUCCCCAACCAUGUUGGGGAGGAAGGCAGGGGAGGGUAGAAGGGAAGGAAGGAAGGACGAUGGUCCCCAGCUUUAGAGAGCUGCCUGGAAGGAGUUUGUGACAGAUGGAUCCAGGGGAGCUGCAGCCAUUCAGUACAGCCUCAGAAGUGGGGUGUGGUCUAAGGAGAUGUGGCCAAGUCACCUAGAGAAUCUGUUCUUUUUUGAGCCAGUCGCUCUGAUCACUACCCCAGGUUGCCCUCUAUUAUCAGCUGUUUCAGAAGGGACACUGACAGAUGCACUUUACUUCUUUCUCCCCGCUUUGUGCAGCCAGACGCAGCUUUCUAACCAGCCAUGUUCCGUUCAUUUUUAGCCAGUUCAUUGCUAGCUCCAAGAUGAGGCCCUUCACUUCAGUAGGAUUGAGGCUCCUAACCCUGUUAGCCGUGUUUGAAAAUCCCACUAGGGGCCUCUCUGCAUCUAUAAGCACCCAAAUACUUCUGAAAAUCUGGCCCUAAGUCUCUUGAAAAAGGGACUUGGGCAUUUUGAAAAUUGUAUCCUUCAUUGUCUCAUUUCUCACACAUGCCAGAGCUUCAAUUUGAUGAUUUAAAAUGCAAUUAAAGUCUUCCAAGACAAGACUCCAAAUGAUUGUUACAGGCCAGCAUUGUACCACCAAGAAAUAUGGGAUAAUUAUGGACUAAUCUUGAAUGCAGAGAAAUUCUGUACCUUCUGUAGAUUCUUUAACCCACCCCUCUAGUAUCUAUCACCACAGCACAUCUCCUCAGAGGCAUUCCUCACCGGAAAUGACCAAGACACUGUACCCAGUCACUGCAGCAGUGCAUUAGAGAUCAGCCUUUGGGCUAGCGAGUCGGGAUUUUCUUUUCCUUUUUUUUUUUUUUUUUUACAAAAAUGAUCUUUGCCAAGUACCUGGUUUUAUCUUCUUUAGUGCUAGGAGUGCAGUUAUUUCUGUACCAGACUCAGCAGAUCCAGUUUGUUGAAGUUAAUGGCAGUGCAGAGAUCCACUGUUCUUCCAAAGAAAAAAUGGAAGGAGAUGACAUGUUUUGGUAUUUGAGAAGAGAAGGAGAGAAACCCAUAUGCAUUAAGUACUGUUUGGAUAAUCUAAAUGUAAGUAAAUUUACUUGCAAACAUGAGAGACACAGCUCGACACUGGAAAUCAACAAUAUCCAAAAGAAUGAGACUGGCGUUUACUACUGUGCAUUUAUAUACACUAGCUACCUGAUUUUUGGAAAUGGAUCCACACUGAUUGUUGGAGACAGUUAUACAAACAGCAGCUGGGUGAUGCUUCUGGUCCCAUUUCCACAUGGUAGUCAAGUCACUGGGACAGCAAAUCUGGCCUGUGUGAUCCAUGGAGUGUCCAGCCCAGUCCAUGUUUCCUGGAGUGUUUCUGGGGAGCUGCAGGAACAGGGGCUGAUGCGCUCAUUGAAAGCAAAGGAUGGAUCGUUAACACUCAUAAAUCACAUCAGUGUCCCCAUGGACACCUGGACCAGUGGGAAGAUUUUCAUGUGUGAAGUCAAAUUCAACUCUUCUGGCAAGAGUGUGAAGAAAAGCACGAGGUAUCCUGCAGCCCCUGCCAGGGAGUGCUCACAUUACAUUGUGCCCCUUGUGGCUGGAGCUGGUCUGCUGCUGCUGGUGGUGUCUCUGAGCCUCGUCUGGACCCUCUGCCCUUCCGCACUAGGACUCAAGCCCAGGGUCUCAGCACCCCCGGCUUCACAGGAGCACCAGGGUGGAAUCUUAUACGCUCAUCUGGAUUUCGAUUCACGGAAUCGCGACGGGCGCACGAUGCAGCCAUCAGCCAGAGGAAAAGGUGUAAAACCCUGAACUGUCUCGUGCAGGGGAAUCCGCACGUGGGAACUGAUGGCUGGUUCUCUGCUGAUUGGACGUAGACAGAGCCUUCUUCCAGCUGGCUAUCUCAGUCUAUUUUCUUUUUUAUUUUCUCCACUUAUGUUUCAAAUAUAAAGGUCAGAAGAUCCCCAAAGAGAAUCUCCUUUUGGGAUAUAAAGGCACAUGGUGUAGAUGACUUUACACGUCACUUGUGAAUUAGAUUGGAAGCUCUUUGGGGCAAGGACUGUCUUUUUGUUCUGUGUUUGUGCAGCACCGAGCACCAAGGGGCCAGAUGCAUAACUGGGGCUCCUGGGUGCUAUGAUAAUACAAUCAUUAUCAUCCUCCUCCUCCUCCCCUCAUCUGCAGAGAGACCCGGACACAGCUGAACGGCUGCAGCUUCCCGGCACAAAGAGUGAGGCUGGACGGCAGGAGGCUGCAGAGGGGACAUGCAGCCCCUGUAUACGCCACAGCUCCCAGCUGAUCCUCAGCAGGCUUGUGCUCACGUUACAUGGAAAUGCAACGGGAUUCUGAAGGGGAAUGAUGGAUGCGGUAGAAGCUCUGAGUGAUGAGAAUCUCUCCCCAGGCCCGUGCUGGAGCUGCUAAUACAGUGUCCCUUCUAGAGACUGCUGCUUUUCCCCAUGGGCGAGAUCCACAGGCCCCCAUAUGCCAGCCCCUCUGCACCAUCUAACAAUAACAACACGUUUUCAAUGACUAGAGCUCUCCUGGUGCCUGAACCUGCACAUCACAACUUCUUGUUCUUCAAGCUGUCAUUCUGUCACUCAUUAAAAAGGGCCGGCAACCCCA